CCGCACCAGUGUAUGCGGCCUUACCAGCGAUUUCUCUCUGCCUCUCUGGUAUUUCGGCGUUUGAAGUCGUGUUGGAUAGAGUCCGGAGCAGCAAGUUCUUUUUCUUCCUUUUAGUCUUUUAGAUAUAUCCGUUCAUACAUCCUCGAUCCUUCAGACUGGCGCAAUCUCCAUGCGUGCAUUCUUUCUACGGUCUCCGUUUCAACGCUGAGAAUCCUUUGAAGCUGAACAAGGAAUAGAGAAAUGGGGGAUCAGAUGGCAAAAGCUGAAGAAUAUGAGAAGAAAGCGGAGAAGAAGAUCGGCAGUUGGGGACUCUUUGGGUCUAAACACGAGGACGCUGCAGAACUUUUCGAUAAGGCUGCCAAUUCGUACAAGCUUGCCAAAUCAUGGGACAAAGCUGGGGCAAAUUAUGUCAAGUUGGCAAACUGUCACUUAAAGGUGGAUAGUAAACAUGAAGCUGCCCAAGCUUAUGUUGAUGCUUCUCAUUGCUAUAAGAAAACGUCCACAAAUGAGGCAAUAUCUUGCUUAGAGCAUGCUGUAAAUUUGUUUUGUGAUAUUGGAAGGCUCAGUAUGGCUGCACGAUAUUUUAAGGAAAUUGCUGAAUUCUAUGAGUCGGAGCAAAAUAUUGAGCAAGCUAUUGUUUACUUUGAAAGGGCAGCUGAUAUGUUUCAGAGUGAGGAAGUAUCAACUUCUGCCAACCAGUGUAAGCUGAAAGUUGCUCAGUUCUCGGCUCAACUUGAACAGUAUCAGAGGUCAAUAGAGAUUUAUGAAGAAAUAGCAAAGCAGUCCCUCAACAUUAACUUGCUGAAGUAUGGAGUUAAAGGGCAUCUUCUUAAUGCUGGCAUAUGCCAUCUCUGUAAAGGCGAUGUUGUUGCAAUCACCAACGCACUAGAGCGUUACGAGGAGUUGGAUCCCACAUUCUCUGGAACACGUGAAUACAAAUUAUUAGCGGGCAUAGCUGCUGCAAUUGAUGAGGAGGAUGUUGCUAAGUUUACAGAUGUCAUCAAGGAAUUCGAUAGCAUGACUCCUCUGGAUGCCUGGAAGACAACCCUUCUGUUGAGGGUAAAAGAAAAGCUGAAAGCCAAGGAAUUGGAGGAGGAUGAUCUUACCUGAACUCAAACUUCUUCCUGUUUUGUUUUUCCGCCAUUGUAUGAUGUGUUUGUGUAGGGAGACAUCUAGAUUUGUAUUGUAUCGUUGUGUGCUUGCAGUUUGGCUUUUAAUCGGAGUGAUUAUAUUCAGAAUUGGGAUUCAAAUUUGUGUGAUUGAUGGUUUCAUAAUGGAACUGAAUAAUAACGAAGCGGGGACUAGAUGAUUGAGUUGAA